ACGUGGUGGGGAUCGAACUCGGAAACACUCGUUUAUGAAGCGAGCGCUCUACCACUACACCACUACCGCAUAAAGCCACUACCGCAUACUUAAACUUAAAGAAGCUUUGUCUGUUCAAUUAUUCUUUAUAAUACACUUUGAUGGAAAAGGUUUGGCACCAUAUGAUUAUGGGAUUAAAAAAAUGGAACGCAUGGUCAUCGCCCUUCAGUCUGACCGACCAAUAUUACAUACUACCAGAACAUCUAAAAAUCUAUCAGCUAUAAUAACAGAAACAUUGUUAGAGUAUAAUGUUAUGCAUAAAAUAUCCCUUAUAGUUUGUGACACCUGCUCUUUCAAUACAGGUUAGUAAAAUUAAAAUUACUUAUUUUUAAAUGUACAAUUAAAUAAAUUAUUCCACUUACUUCAGGUGGAUCUUAUGAUGGUUCUGGUGGAGUAGUAGGGAUUUUAAGAUGUAAGCUAUUUAACAGACCUGUUCCUUAUUAUGGCUGCAAUGCUUACAUUUUGGACCUUGUUUUUAAAAAAAUGGUUAAUUUCCUACUUGCCAACACCAUCAAAAUUGCCUGCUCUAACUGAUUUUAAAUGCAUUCAGAAACUAAAAAAUAAGUACCCGCAAUGGAAAGAAUCAUACAAUACCCUGCAUAAAACACCUUAUCCUCCUCCUACUGUAAAAACCUGGAGAGAUGAUUACAAGCUAUUGGCUAGGUUAUGUAUUGCAUUUAGGCGCUACUUGGAUAACAAUAUUUUACCCAAAAUGCAGCUACCAACAAAAUUACCAAGUUCUCACUCAGCAAGGUGGAACAUCAGAGCAAUAUAUGUCUUGUUAGGCUACUUUCUAAUUCCUGAAGAACGACCAUUAUUGAAAGAAAUAGCUAAGUUUAUUAGCUGUUCUUGGUCACUUGCAUGGUUUAAAAUGAGAGAGGAACCCAACUGGGAAAACUUAAAAGAAACUACAUCAAGCUGCAUUAAAGCCCAAGAAGCACUUACAAGACAUAUUCAUGAUGUUAAAAUUUUAUUCAAGAAUUUGCAUAGAACAAAUAAGGUAGCUGAGAAAGGACUCCGAGCUUUGGACAUCCGAUGUUGCCGGGCUAAGUCUAAUGAUGCUCUUGAGAGACUUUUUUUUAACAGAAAUGUUUAUGCAAAUUUCGAAUAAAAAAUAACUUAACUUUAUAAACUUUGUUGUAUUUCUAUAGCUUAUGUAUAAAAUUAAAAAAGACUUUAAAAAAGGGAAUAGUUUUGUCUUAUUUCCAUAAAGUAACCUUUUUUGACUUUCAAAAAUUUUCAAAUUUUUUUUUUUAUUUAGUUGCUCUUACAAUACAAUUAUUCAUGUUUUAGAAAAAGUUUGCAUGACAAACUAAAAAAUAG